UGUACCUUCAGUCUGGAGUACACAGAUUGCAACACCGCUCCCGCUGCUGCUAGGGCUUUCACCCACAACAACAUAUGCAGCAUUGAGAUCCUGCAGCCACAGGAUUGACUGCUGUAUAACUUUAAUCCGUUUAUCGUCAUGGUCGUGGUCACUAAGAAGACAUGAAGACGUGACAUUGAGGAAACGUGUGCAGGCCCGGGAAGGAUCCUGGAUAUUUCCUGAGUCCAGCUGACCGGAAUUCAGUUAGCUAGUGCGGGGUGUCUGCUACCUCUUCACCUUAUGUCAGAAAUACAAACAACCCAGCGGUGAUGUGUGAGAGGACUUCGGUGUUCUGAAUUUGUUUUUAAGAAAGUAUACGUGUAUUUUUUUUACGUACUGUAAGCGAAACUCGUACGCCUGGAAAGCUGAACUAGCUUUUUAGCUAGUUGUGCUAUCUCCGGUGGUCGCAGCCGCCGCGGUGUGAGAGACUGGCUGUGCGGGCUGUGCGGGCUGGCUAACGGCUUGCGUUCGGAGAGUGGAGCCGCUCGCCGGUGCCCUGAAUUCAAGAAGGGUCCCCGGCUCCGGCCCCCUCAAGCGGGCAGUCAGGAAGAAGCUGGCUGGGAAGGGAUGGCCUGGUCGGUCUUCCCGUUCCAUAGGACAAGGCUCUGCGGUGUUUGAAGGAGGUCGGGUCCGGUUAGAGGCCACCACCGCGGGUCGAGGCGCUAUGAUGGCCGCGUCCCCCUCCGUGGCCGCCGGCUUCAAGGCCUCCGGGCUGUCGGUCAGAAAGAGCGAGGAAAUAGCAGAUUUGAUAGACGUGUUCUCCAAGGCGCAAUACCGAGCAAAAGAAGUGACUCCUCGGAUGGAGGAGAUAGAGAAGCGUUGCCUGGAAUUAUUCGCAAGAGAUUACAAGUACAGUAUUAUCCAUAACGCCAACGGAGAAGUGUGCGGCCAUUAUCCCCGACAGAUAGUGUUCCUGGAGUAUGAAUGCACGGAUGUGGAGAGAGACAGGUUUGAGAGCACAGUACAGAUCAGUAAACUACAGGACUUGGUGAACCGGAGUAAGCUGGCUCGCUGCAGAGGGAGGUUUGUGUGUCCCGUCAUCCUCUACAAUGGCAAGCAUAUUUGUCGGUCGUCCACUCUGGCAGGCUGGGGGGAGCUGUAUGGACGUACGGGCUACAACUAUAUCUUCUCAGGGGGCAGUGAUGACACGUGGACAGAGUCAGAAGAGGUUCCAGAGGAUGAUAGCGCAGUCAGGAACGGAGACUCCCAGCUCUUCGACAAGGUCCGAGGCCACGACAUUAAGCUGCUACGUUACCUCUCGGUUCGCUACAUCUGUGACCUGAUGGUGGAGAACAAGAAGGUUAAGUUUGGCCUAAAUGUGACUUCCUCUGAGAAAGCAGAUAAGGCCCAACGCUAUGCAGACUUCACCUUGCUCUCUGUGCCUUACCCAGGGUGUGAGUUUUUUAAGGACUACAAAGACAGAGACUACACAGCUGAAGGACUGGUGUUCAACUGGAAUCAGGACUAUGUGGACGCUCCUUUGACAAUCCCUGUGUGCUUUACCCAGAACUUGAACAUUGACUGGAGUCAGUACCAGUCAUGGGACCUGGUGGAGCAGACCCAAAACUACCUGAAGCUGCUGCUCCACAUCAUCAACAGUGAUGAUGAGAGUGGCCUCCUGGUGCACUGCAUAUCAGGCUGGGACCGGACGCCUCUGUUCGUGUCCCUCCUCAGGCUCUCCCUGUGGGCAGAUGGAGCAGUGCACGCCAGCCUGGAGCCGGCCGAGAUCCUGUAUCUGACCAUCGCUUACGACUGGUUCCUCUUCGGUCACAUGCUGCCAGAUCGACUCUCCAAAGGGGAGGAGAUUUUCUUUUUUUGCUUCAAUUUUUUGAAGCACAUUGUCUCAGAGAAGUUCUCUGCUGUUAGGAAACAGAGAAGGAAGAACUCCCACUUCAAAGACAGUGAUUUCACUGUGGAGGACCUCUGCCAGUUAAAAUCGAAGGAUCGUGGCAGUGUGACCAGUCUGAGCAGUGACUUUUCCCUCAUCACUGAGGAGGUGGGUGCGGCCUCCAGCCUCACCAACGAUAACGUGGACCUGUUCUCCGGCCAUGCCCAGGCCUCCAACUGGAGAAAAGGUCCCACCUCCUCUCCUCAGAUGGUCGUGUGGAAUAAACAAAACCCUCUGGAGGAACACCUCUCCCACCCGCUCAGUGAAGCCAGGUCUUCCAGCUCCUCUUCCUCCAACCAAUCAGAACAUGCCGUCACACGCACUGGCAGCAGCCCAUUGGCUGUCCCCGGGAGAAGGUUAGCAGCAGACUACGCUCGGUCAGGGUCCUCCCUCUCUACAGAGUACGGGAGCUGGCAGAUAGUUUCCGGUUGUGGCAGCAUCCACGACCACGCUAACUUCCUUCCGCCUUCGGCCUCAGCCUCCUCCAACCCGUCUGCUGUCGCUGCUGCCUAUGAUUCCCCCCUUCCCUUCAGCUUUCAGGACGAAGGACCCAGUGGACGAAUGUGUCCUUUCCCCUCAGAGCGCCAAGCCCGUCUGGAGGCAGUGCGGGAAGUCUUCCUGGCGGCCUACAGCUCCACCGUGGGCCUCAAGUCCUCUGCACCCAGCCCCUCCGGCGCCAUCACCGGCUUGCUGGAGCAGUUCGCCCGUGGGGUCGGCCUCCGAGGCACCAACGCCAUCGUCUGAAUCCCCCCCCCCCCCCCCGCCCUCAGUGUGACUUCAAAUCCUCCUCCUGCUUCCAUCCAUCCACAGUUGAUUCAUGUCUGGACUCAGUACAAUAAAGUGCCAAAUAUCUCUGUACAAUUCAGGGGUGAAGCAUUAAUUUUCCUUUUUAUAUUUUGUUUUUUUCUUUGAUUUUUGAUUUCAAACCUUACAUGCCCUGAAUUUUAUUUUAUUUUUUUCUCUGUGCUGCUCCAACUUUUCUCUGGACUUUUAAUCUUCCAUGUUGUGUCGUGCGUCUGUCACAUUCAGGGAGGGAAACGCUCUCAGCCACCGUAUCAAAAAGGGAUAGUGAGAAGGCUUUCUAGCUGCUGAAAUGUAAAUGGCUGACAGCAUGGGGUCUGCACUUGUUACAGACAGAAUAUAUUAAGAAUUCUUCCUUCCUCUGCUUUUUCCUUAAUUUGUUCAUACUGUUUUUUUCUUUUUUUGUCCCUUUGCGGUGACCGUCCCCAUGUACAGGAAGUGAUAUAUUUCUAGUUCUCUUGUUUCGUGCUGCUAUUCUUUACUGAUCCGAGCAGAGACAAAGACGUUAUGUAGCUGUUUUUAGUUCAGGUGGACGUUGAAGUUGAGAUAAACUCAGCACUUAAUGUGUUCUGACAGAAUUUGGCACCAAGCUAUUUUCUAAUUUGGCACAAUAGAUUGAAGUCUGAAUAUCCAAUUAGUUUUAGAACUUACAGCUUUGGGCACGUUUGGUCUAUAUGUAAAGGAGAAGUUUCUUUGUCUUAACACAGUACUCACUGCCAUUUGUAUGCUGGAAGAGUCUUUGGUUGCUAUAAUCAUGUCUCCUGUCACGACUGGCAGGACAGCAAUCCCUGCAUAGAUUGACUAUGCUGUACAGCCCCAAAUUUGUGAGUUUUGGACAAUAUAAUAUAAAGUUUCUUGCCUUGAGUUGACGAUAGAAGUUGGGGGGUCAAAAUCCACAUUGAUAGCAACAUUUCGCCGAAGAUUCAAACCUGCGAACAUGGCCUAUCGCGUACAGUUAACAUUGUUUCUGACAUAUGGAAGCUGUGGUAGGAGGGUGUUCGACAAUCUGACAAACCAUUAGUUUAAAUCUUACUGAAAUCUAAAAAGCUUCAACCAGUUGUUAUGACCCGGCUCAAGUGGCUAGACUUGCUAGUUUGGAUGACAUAUUGUACGAAAGGAAAAGGUGUGUAUAGGUGUUUUGAAACAGCCACACUGUCAUAGAGAGGGGUAAUGCGUGAGAGAUAGAACACGGGAUAAUGAGUGUUUGACAAUCCUACAAGCACUUUGUUUAAAGCAUAUCCACACCAUGAGAUUAUGGUUAGGUGUUGCAGGGAGGAUUAAUUUUAGAGGUUGGGAAUAAGGAAUCUCACUGAACAUGGUAUAACACCAAAAACAAACCUACAUGUGACACCCAAGUAUGUUCCUCAACUGUGUUUCAAGCUAGAAAAACAGUAGAGGAACACGUGAGAACUUUGUAUGUGGAUUUUGUACCCUAGUUUUGUGGAGUCGUGUGAUGAAGGGGUUGCUUCAUAACCAGUAGGAAUGAUUACCAAGACCACUCUACCAACGUACAAUUGA